AGAAGAACUGCGUUUUCUCCCUUAAAUCUGCUAUAAACUUUUGCGAUGAUAUGUGAUGUUUAUUUGCAGUAUCCCAAGUUGUACAGUCAGUGUCCAAUCAGAAUGUGUCGCGGCACCUUGCUCUACGGUCCGCCCGGUACCGGCAAGACCCUCCUUGCCGGCUCCAUCGCUAGAGAGUUCAGCCUCAACUUUGUCAGCAUAAAGGGACCGGAAAUCCUUAGCAAAUAUAUAGGAGCCAGUGAACAAGCUGUAAGGGACCUCUUUGUAAGAGCUCAAGCUGCCAAGCCAUGCGUUCUCUUCUUUGAUGAAUUUGACUCACUGGCACCAAAACGAGGGCAGGACAGAACUGGCGUUACCGACCGAGUCGUUAACCAGCUACUCACACAAAUGGACGGAGUGGAGUCACUAGAGGGUGUGUAUAUAGUGGCAGCUACCAGUAGGCCUGAUAUGAUAGACCCUGCCCUGCUGCGACCUGGUCGCAUCGACAAGUCAAUCCUAUGUGACUAUCCUAAUGAGGAAGAAAGACUCGAUAUUCUGAAGGCACUCACAAGAAGCAUGCACCUGGAGAGCAGGGCCAGCCUGGCGCAGAUCGCUCAGAGCACGCCACACUACACUGGUGCCGACCUCAAGGCAGUUCUAUAUAGUGCCCAGCUACGGGCGGCCCACAGGGUUCUAGACAUGGAGAAGAUGAACGAGAAGAAGAGAGAAGUGUCCCCGUCGGAGAAAGAUGCCAGUGGGACUACUGUGGAGGGAGGGGCCUCUGUGAAGGUCUAUAAACUCAGCUCAGGCCAAUGCACAGAACAACUACCACAACCCGAGCUUCAAAAACAGGUAGAGACAUUACAUGAGCUAUCGAGAGGGUCCACCCAGAAAUGGAACAACAAUCACCAGGGAGGUGGAGAGAGGAAGAGGAGGAGGGUGAAGAUAACGUUGGAAGACCUGACAGUGGCCUUGGAAGACGUGAAGCCUUCGUUGUUGGUGAAAGAGAGACAGAGACUGGCUGACAUUUAUGACAAAUUCGCAGGGAAGAUACCCCAGACACUGAAAGCAGUCGUCAACCAAAGGGCCACUAUGGCGUAAUAGGAACCAAGCUAAUCUUUAUGCACACCACCUCCAUCUUAUAGUUAUACAAACCUAGGCUCAUAUAAUAUUAUAUCACCAUCUACAGUUUGGCAAUAGCAUUAUACUCACAUUUCAAAACACACUUCAUUAGUUUUUGCGUUCUUCAUAUUUCGUAAGUACAGUUUGCCAUUCGUGGUUACUUCCCCCACCCCCACAAGACACAUGUUGACAAAUAGGAAUAUCACAAUUGUAUGCAUUUAGAGAAAAAUUUCAAGGAAAAUUUUAAUUUGGCAAGCAAUCUACAUGAACUAUACAGUAAUACACGGCAAAUUUUCAACGGUGCUUUGAAGUACGUAUUCGGAUUACUGUAGCUUCAUUUUGACGUGAUAGUACACAGCCUAGCGGAUCGUAUUGCGGAGAGCAACUACGAUGAAGAGGAAGGGUUGCUGCC